CUGAAACACAAAAGGAAAAAAAAAAAAAAAACUCACCAAACAACUAAACAAGGCAUGGCACAGACACACAGAGAGAAAGAGAUCUUUGGGUUCAAUAAAUUAGAAGUUGAAGGGCUUGUUAAUUAGAAGAAGAGCAAAGUGGGUCAGAAACACACGUCGUGUUCAGGCAAAAUCCAUGUGCCCACAUGGAUGAUUGAGAGAAAGAGAGAGAGAAAGUGAGAGUAUUGUAUUUAUGACCUCAACAUCACCACAAGCAGCAGCAGCAGCAACAACACCUGGAGUGGCAGCAAAAACAUACUAGUAGCAGAAGAGAGACACAAUAGACCCACCAAGGAAAUUUUGCUCAAAACAAGAACUUGCUACCAAAGUUGGUAACUUUUGAUGGUUCUAAGUGAGUUGAGUUUGAAAGUCCAUAGUGGGGUGUAGUGAUUUUUGAUUUUUGAGUUUGGAGUGGGGAAGGAAGAGAAGGGUUGAGUGGGAGAAAUGAAGAAGAGUGAGAGUGGGGGGUAUGUGAGAGCGGAUCAGAUAGAUCUGAAGAGCUUGGAUGAGCAGCUUCAGAGGCAUCUGAGUAGGGCAUGGACCAUGGAGAAGAACAAGGAGAAGGAAGAAGAUGAGGUUGAAGGGAGGUCAACAAGAAGCAGACAAGAAUGGGAGAUUGACCCUUCCAAACUCAUAAUCAAGACUGUCAUUGCUCGUGGUACUUUUGGCACUGUUCAUCGUGGAAUUUAUGAUGGCCAAGAUGUUGCAGUUAAGCUCCUUGACUGGGGGGAAGAGGGCCAUCGGUCGGAGGCUGAAAUAGCCUCUUUGAGAGCGGCUUUUACUCAAGAAGUUGCUGUUUGGCACAAGCUUGACCAUCCUAAUGUAACCAAGUUUAUUGGGGCAACAAUGGGAACAUCAGAGCUACAGAUACAAACGGAAAAUGGUCAUAUAGGCAUGCCAAGUAAUGUUUGUUGUGUUGUUGUUGAAUAUUGUCCCGGAGGUGCGCUGAAGUCUUAUCUCAUUAAAAACCGAAGAAGGAAGCUGGCUUUUAAAGUGGUUGUUCAACUGGCUCUUGACCUUGCAAGAGGGUUGAGCUAUCUCCACAUGAAGAAGAUUGUCCAUAGAGAUGUUAAAACAGAAAAUAUGCUACUGGACAAGACACGAACUUUGAAAAUAGCUGAUUUCGGAGUAGCUCGUAUUGAGGCUUCCAAUCCUCAUGACAUGACAGGUGAAACUGGAACCCUUGGUUACAUGGCACCUGAGGUUCUAAAUGGCAAUCCAUACAAUAGAAAGUGUGAUGUGUAUAGUUUUGGCAUAUGCUUAUGGGAGAUAUACUGCUGUGACAUGCCAUAUCCUGACCUUAGCUUCUCAGAAGUAACAUCAGCUGUCGUACGACAGAAUCUGAGGCCAGAGAUUCCGCGAUGUUGUCCUAGCUCUCUGGCAAAUGUGAUGAAAAGAUGCUGGGAUGCGAAUCCUGAUAAGAGGCCAGAGAUGGAUGAAGUUGUGUCCAUGUUGGAAGCUAUUGACACUUCAAAGGGUGGAGGUAUGAUCCCUCAUGAUCAGCCUCAAGGUUGUUUAUGUUUUCGCAGGUAUCGAGGACCUUGAAAGAUUUUUCACUGCCAAGGAAAUCGAUUGUGGAGGGAUGAUAUAGUGUUCUGGUGAUCAGUUUGUAUUUUAUUUCAUUGAAGGAAUAGGGAAGGAAGACUAAGGAUGGAAUGCAUACACAAAAACUGUGAAAGCAAUAGUGAAUGAAGAGCUCUACAAUUACUUGUUACUUUGUUGGGCUAUAAUUUUUGUAAAGCUAAUUGUGCUCUCUCCUCAUUGCACCCAUUUUUAUGAUAUUUCUAUGUAAGUUGUACACUUGACAGUAGUAGCAUGGAUUGUUCCAACACUAAUAUCAAAGUCCUGAUGGGUCAUUUGAUGUCCUAUGA